GCAAAUGCACUGAUCGAUGUAAUCGACGAAGUGUUGAUGCCAUCCGUAUCGUUGUUCGAAAUGAAUUACGCGAUAUCGGAUGAAAUCUGGCAUUUGCUAUCGCACUUUCCCUAUACACUUCGCUAUCGAAUUUAUGCACACUGGAAAGGUGUUAUGACCCAACGCCAUUCGCUGAUCAAUGUUCAACGCGGUAAAACGCUGGGUAUGACUCGAUAUGUUGUGAAACGUUUGUCGAAAGAAACUGUUCGAAUGAUGGGACGUCAACUGGGCAAAUUGUGUCAUUCGCAUCCAACGGUCGUAUUCGAUUGCCUGCUCAAUCAGAUUCAAACAUUUGAGAACUUAAUCGAACCAGUCGUUGAAUCGAUUCGUUUUCUGAGUGAUCUCGAGUUCGACGUUCUCUCGUUUUGCAUCAUCGAGCAUCUUGCUUCACCCGAUAAACAACAACUGAAGGCAUCUGACGGUAGUCUUUCGCCGUGGUUACAGUCGUUGGCCACAUUUGUUGGAACUGUAUUUUUAAAAUACAACAUGGAAUUGACGGGUAUUUUGCAGUACGUCGCUAACCAACUGAGAAACGGCAAGAGCCAAUUGCUAGAGUUUAAGAUUUGGAAAGGUGACUGA